AUGCCCCGAGUUCGAGUGCCCGUCCGACGUUCGGGAUAUCGUUAUACUGCACGACCUGGCCGACGAUAUCCAGUCGCACCACCACCUGCCCGCGGUGGCGCUGGUUUACUAGGAGGCUUAGCUGGUUUACUUUUGUGUUUACUGUGCUUAGCAACACUCGGUUUACUUGGCCUUUUUGCAACAUUCAUUGCCGUAACAGCUUAUCUCGGAGAUGUUUACCGAGCCCUCAGAGAUGCUGGUAAUGCUACAUCUGGCCUCUACGUAAAUAUGGCCAUCUUAGUGGCCGCUUUGUGCUUUGCCGCCUUCCAUAAAUUGCAACGAUCAUUAUAA